AUGAUUCGCCUACUGCAAAACGUGUCAGGAUUCAGGGAACCAGAGGCCUGUCAACAGAGCGAACAUUCGCCAGAGCUCGCCAAAAUUCCAUAUACCUUCAAUAAAAAUGGACAGGGAGAUACCCAGUAUUAUGAAGAUUCGUAUUUCUUAUUCUCCAUCAACGACACGAACAACAAAAAACCACAAUUUGUCAACAGAGAGAACCCGCUAAUCGGCAAAAUCGAGUUUUCUGUUCAGGAGGAACAACCGAUAGGAGAGGAGGUCGGGAUACUGCUGGCCCACGACGAAGAUAGGACACCACCCUUCAACAAGGUGACAUACAGUACAAAAUUCAACGACAGCAGUUUUAAGGUGGAUGACGUCAACGGUGUGAUUACUACCUUAAUCAGGUUUGAUCGGGAAGAGCUGACGUCAUCGACUCCAGAUUUACUGGUGGUGGCCAUGGACGGGUACCCCUCUUCCAUACCUGGGCGAACUGGUCCCAAUACAGGGUCGGCAGUGGUACAAAUCACUAUCGAGGACAUUAAUGAUAAUCCACCUUACUUUGCCAACAACUCCUAUUUCUUCACGGUUCCUGAGAACGCUCCCAUAUCACACUCCGUGGGAAGCAUCAAAGCCCUGGAUAGAGACGAUGAGAAAACAUCGAGGUACACAAAGUAUUCUUUGGGAGACUCCAGGUUUUUCGGGGUGGAUGAGAAUACUGGAAAAAUCUUUGUGGCGGGAAUACUAUUUGGACAAGCGAAUACGAAUAUUUCAAUGACAUUCACCGCAGAUGACGGAAAAUUCUCUGCGUCCGUCGAUGUGUAUAUUGGCGUAUUGAAAACAUACAACAGACGGCCAGAAUUCAGUGGAAACUACAACAUCAAAAGUAUAGUGGCCAACAGAAACUAUAACGAGUCCUUAUUUCAAGUUAAAGCGAAUGACCCAGACUGUGGAAAUCCCUGUACUCUGAGAUAUGAAAUCAUGGCGUCCGAUCCCGUCAUUCUUCGAAUCUUUAAAAUUGAUCACGUGACAGGAGCAGUGUCUCUUUUGGCGCCACUAGAACCAAGACCAUACGUCUUCAGUGUAAAAGUAACAGACAGUUCAUCAAGCAGGAGAAAGAAGCGUUCUCUUGCUGCCAAAGAUGCCUACACAACAGUUACAAUCAACCCAGCUGUCUGUAAUGUACACCAAGAAGCAGAUGAUAACGGUAGGUGCCAAUGCAUUGACUACUGUAAGAACAGCGUCCCCUGUUACAACGGGGGCACCUGUCAACUGAACUGCAGCUUGGGGUCGGAGCACGGAUACUACUGCCAGUGUCCCCAGGGAUUCAGUAACUGGGACUGUAGCGGGGUCGUGACGGUGACCUCUGCCCCUAUAACAGAAGACAAGGACGACAACACUUGGCUGAUCGUACUUCUAGUUUGUCUUGCUGUUUUGUUAGUUGUAGUUAUACUUGUGGUGGCGUUCCUGGUCAGAAGGAAGAAGAACCAAGCCCGGGAUAAGAGUAUGCUGGCCUAUGAUAACGAGGAUUUUGACAUCCGAGAAGACGUGGUCGAUUAUGAUGAGGAUGGGGCGGGUGAAGAUGAUUAUGCUGGAUACGACAUUACCAUGAUCAGGAAAGCAGUGACAGUUAGGGAGGAAAAUAUACCCAAACCAAAGACAAUGGCCGACAGACCUGUCACCUCAGCAGCACCCAGGAAUGGUCACUUACGGGAAUUCAUCGGUGAUCGUCUGGAGGAUGCUGAGGGUGACAGCGGAGCCCCGCCCUACGAUACGCUACACGAGUUUAUGUACGAGGGGGAGGGGAGCCUGGCGGGGUCCCUCAGCUCAAUCAAUACAUCCUCCAGUGGAGGGGACCAGGACUACGAAUAUCUACACGAAUGGGGGCCAAAGUUUGCCAAGCUUGCUGAUAUGUACAACACAUACGAAGACUCUGACUGACACCAAUCAAAGAAAUUUACCUGCAUUUAUCUCCUGUCACCAAUCAUUGAGUCAUUUGUUACCACUUAUUCAUGUGUAUAUUAUCAUAUUUAAUUUUUUACUUAAUCAUUAUGAUAGAAGAAACGUCCACAUUGAUUUUAGGAUAACAGUGCUGAAUCUUGUGCCAUAAUGACAUAUUUUGCGUGUGACCUAGUUUCUGGAUGACCGUAAUGAAGUGUAAAUAAGGUGCUGAUGAGGAUAAUUUAUAGAUUUUUUUCAAUAAAAAUUGAUCUCACAAUC